CCUUCCAAAGCUUUUUGGAUCCAAACGGUCAAAAGGGUCUGAUGAAGAAAUAUUUGGAACAAAAGACGUUGUUCUUGAUCUUGAAAAAAGGAUCCUUUCAAAGAGGAGGGCAGCUUUUGUGGAAGCUUCUCCUCUUAUGAAGAAAAGCUUCUCAGAAAGGGAUGGCCCGACGAUGCGAAUCGAAAGCCUGAACCUCUCUAACUUUGACAGAAGAAUGUCACCAUCUGAAGUUCAACAAUUCCGGAUAUUUGUUGCAACAUGGAAUGUGGGAGGUAAAACUCCUCAUAAUGACCUCAACCUUGAAGAUUUCUUGCGGAUGGAGGGCUCUUCUGAUAUAUAUGUCUUGGGGUUUCAGGAAGUCGUUCCUUUAAAUGCAGGAAAUGUUCUAGUGAGUGAAGAUAAUGAACCUGCAGCAAGAUGGCUAGCACUUAUAAACCAAGCACUUAACAGACCACCGGAUGUAUCUAAGAGCUAUUCUUCUGACUCAAACCAUGGCUCAACUCACACUAAAGACUCGAAAUCAUCUCAGGGAAAUCUCUCCUUCCAGAAAGCUUCCCUCAAAGUCAUGAGUAAAAAAUUGAGGGGAGAUAGCAGCAGCAGCCUCAAGAGCUGCAGCUGCCCUCCAUCUCAGGAGAGGAGAAGACCUACAGACAUGUCCGAUGACAUCCUUCAAAGAGUUGGAACUUUGCAAAUCCGCCAUAAGAACUCAACUGAAGAUUUAUUUUCUGCAGCAGAUGAACUAUUGUCACCCUCCCUAAUGAAAUAUCGCCUUAUAGCCAGUAAACAAAUGGUGGGCAUCUUCCUCUCUGUGUGGGCAAGGAAAGAGCUGGUGGAAUAUAUUGGCCACCUUAGACUGACCUGUGUGGGAAGAGGGAUCAUGGGCCGCCUUGGUAACAAGGGAUGUAUAGCAAUUAGCAUGACAUUACAUGAAACGAGCUUCUGCUUCAUAUGCAGUCACUUAGCUUCAGGAGAGAAGGAAGGAGAUGAGCUUCGAAGGAACGCCGAUGUCUCCGAGAUCUUUAAGAGUACUCAGUUCCCCAUUAUCUGCAAGAACAAAAGGAUCCCUGAGAGAAUCCUAGACCACGACCGAGUGAUUUGGCUGGGGGAUUUGAAUUACCGGAUGGCUCUAAGCUAUGAUGAAACUAGGGUUCUGUUGGAGGAUAAUGACUGGGAUGCUCUUCUUGAAAAAGAUCAGUUGAAUAUAGAGAGGGAAGCUGGAAGAGUAUUCAGUGGAUGGAAUGAGGGAAGGAUUUUGUUUGCUCCCACAUACAAGUACUCUCACAACUCUGACUGUUAUGCGGGAGAGACUGUCAAAUCUAAGAAGAAACGUAGAACCCCUGCAUGGUGUGAUAGAAUAUUAUGGUAUGGCAAAGGGAUAGAACAAUUAUCUUACUUCCGGGGAGAGUCAAGAUUCUCAGAUCAUAGACCCGUUUGUGCUGUCUUUGGAGCAGAAGUGGAGCGAAGGCAGAAAACCAGGUUCAGGAAGGGAUUGUCAAUAGUUGGUACGAGGAUGGAGUAUCAUGACUGCAUACCUCAGAGACAUAGUUUCUAUGAGUUUUGAAGGUUUCUUUCAUGCCUUCUGUAAAUUACUCUAAGCUAUAGACCUUCAAUUGUACAUUCUCUAUUCAUAUUUAGUGGCCAUUUGGUUAGAAGUUCUUACCCAAAAAAAAAAUGGUUAGAAGCUAAUUGAACCCAAAAAUUGUACUUGGAGCUCUAUUUGUUUCAACAUUUUUUUUGGGUGAAUGGAAUAUGUAUUCAAGAAAGCAUAAAAUAUUACAGUGGAAAGGCAGCUAGGAGGGGGGAGAUUACAGGAUGAAAGGAGACCGAAAUGCUCCAAUUGAGAACGAUAUGGCGAUUAUGGUGAUUUCUAUAUACGGAUGC